AUGGCCUCUCCUCUGCGCCCCGGUGGUGGAUUUUUGGACGGUGCAACCAGUUCCGAAGAAUUUCUUUGCAUGCGUACCACCUUGUACGCUUCGCUCUGGGACGAUUUCUAUCGACUUCCCGAAAUUGGUGGAAUUGUGACUCCGGACGUUCUGGUGCACAGAGAUAGUACUCCUGAAGCAGAAGACCUGCUAAAGCGGGAGCGUUUCUUUGUUGAUAUGAUUAGCGCCGCCAUGAUUCGAUUCCCCGAAACCAACAGCGCACGCAUUGCUGAGAAGGAGGACGCUGAGGGCGGCUGUUCAUGUGGUGUGAGCUACUGCGACCGUGACCGCGAACUUGUGACACACAAGAUGCGUGGCGUGCUUCGCAUGGCGCAAGCUCGUGGUGCUGAAAAGCUUAUCCUAGGAGCGUGGGGUUGCGGUGCUUAUGGAAACCCUGUUCGAGAAGUCGCAAAGAUCUGGAAGCGCGUCAUCCUUGGUACUACCAGAAAGGCGGAGUCCUGGCCAGGCAUCAAAGAGAUUGAGUUUGAGAAGUGCUUUGGAGAUGUCAUGGCCAAAGAAUCCAUUUCACCACCAGCAGAGGUGACACCCGAACCACAGGCUACUGGCACUCAAAGCCCUACUUCGGAGCUCAUAUCGGAGCUGGUGUCCAAGAUUCAGGAGACUGAGCUGCAGCUCGACCAAAUUUCGAACCCUCGCAGCAAGGCUCGCCUCCGAGAAGUCUUGGCGAGUCUCAAUAAACAACUCUCACAGGCAGGCUCCGGACCGGAAGAAGACGAGAUGCCACUGGAGCCGAUUGACGAGGAAAUGGAAGACGCUUCUUACCCCGAUGCUGCAGGCGGCUUCGAGGGUGAAGAGGGCGGCUACUACAACUUUGACAGUAGCGAUAUUGCUUCAUCAGGUUCAGUAUCUCCAUCGACAUCAGACAUCUAUGAGUUCCGAGUUCCAGGAACCAGUGUGCCGAACAAGAGUGCCGAGUCACAUGUAACCGAUGACUUCGAGCAUGUUGGUUUCGACACCGAGAGUGGAUGGUUUUCCGGAUCCAUCAAUGGCCUCUCAUCACUCCUGGCAAAACAAAGGCGAGGAGGUUCUGGCACCAGCCCUAUGCUCAGAGGCGAAGGUGGCCUGGACGAUGUUGAGCCGCUGAACUUUGGUAACGGACUGAGCGAGUACCUGCGACGCUAUUCCGAGCAAGAGAGUUAUUGA